AUGGCUUCUGAGCAGCUGGCAUGCACCAACCCCUGCGAGGCAAAGUGUCCCCAGCCCCUGGCCACCAGCAGCAACGAGCCCUGUGUUGUGACCUGCGGUGACUCCAGAGUGAUCAUCUACCCACCACCCGUCGUUGUCACCUUCCCAGGGCCCAUCCUUACCACCUACCCGCAGCAAACCGUCGUGGGAGCCUCAGAGCCUUCUGAGGUGGCUUUGGCAGAACCCUCCACAGCAGCAGCUCUACCCCCAGAGGUGUCAGGGAGAAUAGAGGCAGCAGUUGAGAAACUCGCCCCUCAGGUCAUCGCCAGACCUGAGCCACGGUGUGCCCCAAAGUACUCCUACACUUAUUCUUCCCAAUGGACACAUCCCUGCAACUCAUAUCGCUCAGGGAAAAGGUGGACAUACUGA